AUGGAUGCCUCACAAGUAGUCGAAGCGCCGUUCCCGGCUCAGUCAAAAGCUGCUACUGGACCUAUUGACGGAAUAGCAACCGAAGCUUCUGCUCUGCACUUUUCGGACAAGAUACUUGUUACUCUAUCUCAAGAGGGCAGAUUAUCACAAUGGAUUCAAGUACCAUUGUCGGCACCGUCACCAGCCAGCGUAGACAUGGCCUUAGCAAAUUCUAGCUUGCUGCCCUUGUCUCACUUAACACCCAAAACACUACUUGGCGGAGGUGGUGAAGAGCGUGAAUCCUUAGCGCAGCUGUAUGCUGUUCAAAUCGCUAGUCACAUCGUAAGGAGAAACUCGGAUGAGAAUCGUACCCUCGUCGUUGGACUUGGUCUUAAAACGCUUAAGCCCGAACGCGAAGCCUUCUUUGACGUCCUUGAACUCAUUCAAAAGGUCUUGUAA